UACUUGCGAACUACCAAUUAUCCGAUAUUGCGCGCGGGAUCGAACUCAAACAAAAAAUCCAAUUUAAACCCUAAUUUUGAAAUCCUUUUUCACAUUACUAUAUCUUCACCCCAAUCCCUUUCUGGUUUUUUCUUCUUGGGAGUUGAGAGACCCCAACCUUUCGUUUUGUUUCUUUUUCCUGCUAACCCUAGGGUUUUUCCUCGUCGGCACAGUGUUCUCACUCUCUAGGGUUUAGCUUUCUUCUUCCCUUUUUUGUGGUUUUAGUUCUUUCGCACUCUCUUCUAUUCACUUCUUUGGAUCUCUAUCUGUGCUGGUAGAUAAUGGAAUAUGGACAGGCUCGUAAGAGGGGGAGGCCGGACUUUGCUUUGAAUGGCAAUGGAGGACCUAAAAGAUCCAAGCCAGAAAUGGAGUCUUUUCCAACUGGUAUAGGAAGCAAAUCGAAGCCAUGCACCAAGUUUUUCAGUACCGCUGGAUGUCCUUUUGGUGAAGGCUGCCACUUCUUGCACUAUGUUCCAGGUGGCAUCAAUGCUGUUGCUCAGAUGACCAAUUUGGGUGGCAACCCUGCUCUACCCCCUCCCUCUAGAAACCCAGUGGGCCCACCACCCAUCCCUGAUGGUAAUUCACCAACGAUGAAGUCUCGUAUGUGCAACAAGUUCAACACUGCAGAAGGUUGCAAGUUUGGGGACAAGUGUCAUUUUGCCCAUGGUGAGAGGGAGCUUGGAAAGCCAAUUGCACAUUCACAUGAAGACCCCCGAAUGAUGGGAGGAGGACCAAUGGGAGGCCGGAUGGGAGGAGGUCGGAUGGAGCCACCCCCACCUGGUCUUGCUGCUGCAGCAAGCUUUGGUGCAUCUGCAACUGCCAAGAUCAGCGUUGAUGCUUCCCUUGCUGGAGCAAUCAUUGGAAAGGGUGGGGUGAACUCGAAGCAGAUCUGUCGCCUCACUGGUGCCAAGCUCUCUAUUAGGGAGCAUGAGUCGGAACCCAACUUGAGAAACAUCGAGCUUGAAGGAACCUUUGAUCAGAUCAAGCAAGCCAGUGCUAUGGUGAGGGAGUUGAUUGUGAACCUUGGUUCAACAGCAGGCCCCAUGAAGUCCACUGGAGCUGCGGCACUUCCUCCUCCAGCAAACAAUUUCAAGACAAAGAUGUGUGAGAACUUUGCGAAGGGCUCAUGCACAUUUGGCGAUCGUUGCCACUUUGCUCAUGGAGCAAAUGAACUUCGUAAGCCAGCAGUGUAAGACUGUGAGUGCUGUCCUUGACGAUAUUAUGUUGUAUUUCUCUGCGGAGGGAGAAUUUCUUGAGACCAGUCUUGUAGUUCUGAGAGGCCGAGUUUAGUACUGGUGGUGAUGUUGAGCAGGCUUUUGAGGAAAGAAAAUUUAACAUUAAUUAAUUAAUGCUAGUAAACUAGUUUUCUAGGUUUUGUUUAUUAA